AUUUGUAUUAAUCCGCGUUUUCUCUGCCCUCCUCCUUUCUCUUCAAUCUGAGUUUGGUGGGGGUGGGUUUAAGUAAAGCGUGCGAUACAAAGACAGACAUCCUCUGUAACUCCUGUUCUAUUCCUCUUCUUCUUCAUCUCUCUCUCUCUCUCUCUCAGUGUUUCAUUUGUUCUUCAGUAAAAGUAAAAGAUUCAACCUUUUAAAGCUGAUUCAGAUAUAAUCUUUUACUUUUCUCUUCAAAAAGACGAGCUCCCGUUGAAAAUUUGAAGAUUCCGCGCAAAAUAAGAGAAAGGCGAAACCUUCUUUUUUUGUUUUUUUUUUGACCAAAGACGACUGGUUUUGUCUGAAUCUCUCGUGUUUCAAAAAAAAAGAAUUGGUUUUUCUUGUCGAAUACUGGAUUUGAUUCUGCUCCAUCAAUCAUCAUGCAAAGAGUACGCAAUAAUAAACCAAGCGGAGGAAGAACCACGACGGCUUCCGUCAAACACUUAAUCAAACAGAGAGGCGGAGACGCUGCGGCGGCGGCGGCUACGGAGGCUUCGGCCGAUGAUGAUAACAUUAACAACAACAGCCUCUUGGCGGAUAUGCAGGAGCCGAGCGUGGAUACCGACAAACUCAGCUACGAGAUUUUCUCCAUCCUCGAGAGCAAGUUUCUCUUCGGGUACGACAACCAGGACCCGAAACCCGAACCCGAACCGGUGAAUCCUCCGGUUGUUGUUGUUGACUCUGUUCUCGGUUCGGUCAAGAACCAGAGAGGUAAAGUUUGCAUCUUGAGCAUCGACGGAGGAGGCAUGAGAGGGAUUAUACCCGGGAAGGCCUUGGCUUAUCUCGAACACGCUCUCAAAUCCAAGUCGGGCGACCCGAACGCCCGCAUCGCCGAUUUCUUCGACGUCGCCGCCGGCUCCGGCGUCGGCGGGAUUUUCACGGCGAUGUUGUUCGGGUCGAGGGACGGUGACCGUCCGAUCUUCAAGGCGGAGGACACGUGGCAGUUCCUCACGAAAAACGCGAAGGGUCUUUACGGGUCGGGUUCUUCUUCUUCGUUAAUGAAACGGGUCAUGAGAACCGGGUCGUCGUCGUCGGGUACGGCGAAGUUGAAGAGAGUGAUGAAAGAGUCUUUCUCUGAGCUGACUCUGAAGGACACGCUCAAACCGUUGCUCAUACCUUGCUACGACCUCAAAAGCUCUGCUCCGUUUCUGUUCUCACGCGCCGACGCGCUCGAGACGGACGGGUACGAUUUUCGUCUCUGGGAGGUCUGUAGAGCGACUUGGGCCGAGCCGGGGGUGUUCGAUCCGGUGGAGAUAGAAUCGGUGGAUGGGAAGACUAAGUGUGUUGCGAUAGGUGGUGGUUUAGCUAUGAGUAAUCCGACGGCGGCUGCGAUCACGCACGUGCUGCAUAACAAGCAGGAGUUUCCGUUCGUGCGUGGGGUUGAGGAUCUGCUUGUGUUGUCUCUUGGCAUGGGUCAGUUGCUUGAUGUUAGCUAUGAGUAUGAUCGGAUUAUCAAGUGGACGGCUAAGCAUUGGUCUCGCCCCGCCGCUCUUAUUUCGAACGACGGUGCUGCCGACACGGUUGAUCAAGCUGUGGCCAUGGCUUUUGGUCACUGCCGCAGCAGCAACUACGUUCGGAUUCAGGCGAAUGGGUCGAGUUUAGGACCUUGUAAGCCAAACAUAGACACAGACCCGAGUGGGAGCAAUGUGAAAAUGCUGGUUGGAGUAGCGGAGGAGAUGCUAAAGCAAAAGAAUGUGGAAUCGGUUUUGUUUGGAGGCAAAAGAAUCGAUGAACAGAGCAAUUUCGAGAAGCUUGACUGGUUAGCUGGGGAGCUAGUUCUUGAGCAUCAGAGGAGAAAUAGCAGAAUUGCACCAACCGUAGCGUUCAAGCAAUCUGUUCAUAGGGCAGAUGAGAAGACAAGGGACAGGGAUAUCGGUGUGACCGCAAGAGAACGAUGAACAAGAAAAAGGUUGUUCUUCUUUUUUCUUUUUUGGUUUAUUAUAUUUAGAGAUUUUAGUAUUAUGUUUUUUUCUUUCUUCUCAGGUUAUGAUUUGUUGUAUAGAUUUGAGAUGAAAAGGGGAAACAUCUAAUCAUAUUGUAUAAGGGCUUCACGGCUCCUUCAUUCAUGCUGCAAAUCAAAACAUGAUUCCUGUAAUUUUGUUUUCUCUGUGUGUUUUAUAAUGAUUCUUCUCUUC